AUGGCUUUAUCAAUUAAAGAAGAUUUUUCAAGCGCUUUUGCGAAAAAUGAAUCAGCUGUGAAUAGCUCUACAUUUAAUAAUAAUAUGAAAACAUGGAAGAUUCAGAAACGAUUUCAAAUAUUAUACGUGUUUUUUUUCUUAUUGAUUACCGGAGCAUUAUUUUAUUAUCUUAUAGAUAAUGUAUUAUUCCCAAAAAAUAAAAAGAUAAAUGAAAUUAUGAAUACCUCAAAACAUGUAAUAAUUGGAUUUAGUAUUGAAAAUUCUCAUGACAGAAUUAUGAAAACAGUAAAACAACACAGAUUAAAAAAUUAUAUUAAAGAAUCCUUGAAAUUUUUCAAAACAGGACUUACACAAAAACCACAUUUAGGUAAUGCUGGUGAUAGUGUAACAUUAAAUGAUGUAGCUAAUGUAAUGUAUUAUGGAGAAGCUCAAAUUGGAGAUAAUAAACAAAAGUUUGCUUUUAUUUUUGAUACAGGAUCAGCAAAUUUAUGGGUUCCAAGUGCUCAAUGUAAUACUAUUGGCUGUAAAACAAAAAAUCUUUAUGAUUCUAAUAAAUCCAAAACAUAUGAAAAAGAUGGUACUAAAGUAGAAAUGAAUUAUGUAUCUGGAACAGUAAGCGGAUUUUUUAGUAAAGAUAUAGUUACUAUAGCAAAUUUAUCAUUUCCAUAUAAAUUUAUUGAAGUUACAGAUACCAAUGGUUUCGAACCAGCUUAUACCUUAGGACAAUUUGAUGGUAUAGUAGGUUUAGGAUGGAAAGAUUUGUCUAUAGGUUCAGUAGAUCCUGUUGUUGUCGAAUUAAAAAAUCAAAAUAAAAUCGAACAAGCCGUUUUUACCUUUUAUUUACCAUUUGAUGAUAAACACAAAGGUUAUUUAACCAUAGGAGGUAUUGAAGAUAGAUUUUAUGAAGGUCAAUUAACUUAUGAAAAAUUAAACCACGAUUUAUAUUGGCAAGUUGAUUUAGAUCUACAUUUUGGUAAUUUAACUGUAGAAAAAGCUACUGCAAUUGUUGACAGUGGUACUAGUUCUAUAACGGCACCAACUGAAUUCCUUAACAAAUUCUUUGAAGGUUUAGAUGUUGUUAAAAUACCUUUCUUACCAUUAUAUAUAACUACAUGUAAUAACCCUAAAUUACCAACUCUAGAAUUCAGAUCAGCAACAAAUGUUUAUACCUUAGAACCAGAAUACUACUUACAACAAAUAUUCGAUUUUGGUAUAUCAUUAUGUAUGGUAUCUAUAAUACCUGUUGAUUUGAACAAAAAUACCUUCAUAUUAGGUGACCCAUUCAUGAGAAAAUAUUUCACCGUCUUUGAUUAUGAUAAUCACACUGUUGGUUUCGCCCUUGCCAAAAAAAAAUUGUAA